AUGAGUUCUAACCUUUGUGCCAAUGGCUGUGGCUCCUUUGUCCCAGAUAAAAAAUUGAAUUACUGUGAUAAUUGUUUCGACGUUCUUCUUGCUGAGGAACAAGCUGCCAUCACAGCGGCAAAAAGGCUGGAGGCUACCUACUCAAAUACAACUAAUCCAGGUGAAAAUUGGGUCAGAGCAGAGCAGUCAACAAUUACCCUGGAGGAAUGGAUAUCUAUGGUCAGAAGAAAUGACCGUGCCAGCCGGUCAAGGAAAAUGGAGAGUUCGCCGCUUUCGUUCUCUGAACUACUAGAUAUCGUAAGAAGAAAUGACCUGGGUAAAUUUGAUAAUAUGGAGAGUUCGUCUACCGGUUCUCCACCAUUGGUGAUCAGUUCCGGAAGUGAUGAGGGCUCAAGAAGUGAAGAGGUGAAUGGAAGUGCUGAGCUUGAGCUGGCCAGGGUGGUAAGAUGUUUCGUCUGCAGAAAGAAAUUCGAGCUGACGAAAUUUGAGUGUAAGUACUGUGGUGGCAUUUUCUGUAUAGAUCAUCAUCUUUCCGAUAAGCACCAUCCCCAAUGUUCUUAUGAUUUUANCGCAAUUGAACAGAUCGAGCAAGUUCAAAUUGACGUAACAUGA